AAUGACAGCUCCGAACGCCAGUCAGUGCUCAAAACAGUCACAGACCGCAGCUUUUAGAUAGAAAAAUAAUCUACAUUUAGCGCACUUACUUCUUUCGAAUUACAAACAUGAAAUCAAUAAGCCCCGUGAGGUCAUUCAGGAAAAGCAGCGCCAGCUUGUCCGAACACAACUUGGCCAUUUCCCGGAGCAAAACCCCCGUGGACGACCCUCUGAAUCUGCUCUACAACAUGAACGACUGCUACUCAAAGCUGAAGGAGCUCGUGCCCAGCAUCCCGCAGAACAAGAAGGUGAGCAAGAUGGAAAUCUUGCAGCAUGUCAUCGAUUACAUCCUGGACCUGCAGAUCGCCCUGGAUUCCCAUUCCAAUAUCGCCGCCAGCCUCCAUCACCAGCGGCCAGGACAGACAGCAUCCAGGAGUCCCCUGACAACCCUCAACACAGACAUCAGCAUCUUGUCUUUACAGGCGUCUGAAUUCCCUAAAGAACUAAUAAUGACGACGGACGACAGCAAGACGCUCUUUCGUUAAUUUCACGGUGUUUGGUUUAUGCACAAAAAUCACACAGGACCUGGGAACUGACCUCCCCACCCUACCCCACCCCGACCUGGAGUUGAUCGACGGCUUUUUUUUUUUUUUUUUUUUUUUAUAUAACCGAGAAAGAGACUAUUUAAAAAAAAAAAAAAAAGAAUGCUCUCUGUCAUACCAACUCGAACUUUCAUAGUUAUUUAUCAAGAUACUUUUUUUUUUUGUCCUUUCUUCAAACGGAAGGCUGUUUGGUAUAUUCCCAAGCCUGGGAUCUAAAGAAAAAGAACGCAAGGAGUCGCCCACAAGAAGACUUUACCUUUUUUUACAAAGGUGGAGCGUGAACACAAGACAACGUGGUUAGUUGCUUUAUAAAGUUUAGUCUCUUUGUCAGAAGUGUGAAGUCUUUGGCACUUCAAGGACUGAGACAUUGUAUAAUAAAUGUAUAUGAUGAGUGAAAUCUUGUGAACUCUAAUCAGAGUUUAUCUUGUAUAGCAGCAGAGAUUGUACAUUUCUGCAGAAAAUGUAAUGCUGUAAUUAUGCUGAAACUUUUUAUAAAAGUAAUAUUGUAAAUUGUACCUCUUUUUAUACAAAAUAAAUCAAAUGCUUUAUUUGAAAUGUU